AUGUCAACUUCAAAUAUAAAACAUUUAGUUAAUAUUGCGUCAUUAUCAAAUGAUGAAUUCAUUUCAUUGAUUAAUAAUGCGCAACAUUUUAAAACAAUAUAUAAAUCAGGAAAUAUAUCUAAGAUUAAAUCCAAUCAUGAGAAAUUAUUAGGCAAAACUAUAGCAUUGUUAUUUUCUAAGAGAUCGACUAGAACAAGAAUAAGUAGUGAGGGUGCUAGUGCUUUUUUUGGUGCUCAACCCAUGUUUUUAGGAAAAGAUGAUAUUCAAUUAGGUGUAAAUGAAUCAAUGUAUGAUACCACAAAAGUAAUAUCAUCUAUGGUUUCAUGUAUAUUUGCUCGAGUUAACAAGCAUCAAGAUAUUUUGGAUUUAGCUAAAGAUUCAUCGGCACCUAUUAUAAAUUCAUUAUGUGAUAAAUAUCAUCCACUUCAAGCUAUAACUGAUAUAAUGACAAUUAAAGAAUCUUUCGGAUAUACCAAGGGUUUAAAAUUAGCUUGGAUUGGUGAUGCAAAUAAUGUGAUUAAUGAUUUGGCCAUUGCUGCUUUAAAAAGUGGUAUUAAUGUAAGUAUAGCAAUUCCAGAAUCUGUUAAAUUUGACAGUGAUGUUGAAUCAGAUGCUGUUAAAUUGGCUAAUGAAACAGGUGUUAAAUUUGAAAUUCUUAAUGAUCCCAUUGAGGCAUUAAAUAAUGCUAAUGUUUUAGUCACUGAUACUUGGGUAUCAAUGGGUGAUGAAUCUAAAAAAAUUGAAAAAUUGAAACAAUUUAAUGGUUUUCAAAUUACAAAAGAAUUAAUUGAAAAAGGUAAAGUUAAUGAAAAUUGGAAGUUUAUGCAUUGUUUACCUAGACAUCCUGAAGAAGUGGAUGAUAUUGUAUUUUACAGUCCCAAUUCGGUUGUUUUUCAAGAAGCUGAAAAUAGAUUAUAUGCUGCAAUUGCUGUGAUAAAUGGAUUUGUUAUAAAUAAAGGUGACUUAUUAAAGUAA